CUGUUUCUGCGUGUAACAAUUAAAAACGAAAAUAUUGGCUACGUCAUUCCUGUGUGUUUAUAAAGUCUUUUAAGUUAAAUUUUUAGUUUGUUGAAAUAAAAAAAAAAAAAUGAUGAAAUCAAACGAGGACGAUUGCAAUUCAACUCUAUUCUAUGCCCGCAAUGAAUAUUACAUUGGCAAUUUUAUGGGUUCCAUCAAUGUUGCUCUACCCGAACAAUCCACCGGGAAUUCAGAACUCUUGUCCUAUAUGUAUCUAUCAUAUCUCGCAAUUGAUUCAGGUCGACUAAUAUUAAGUGAUAUUAAAGAAAAUGAUUCAACUCCACUCCAAGCACUAAGACAUGUCUAUGAAGCUAUUGAAAAUCCAUCAAAGAUUGAAGAGAUUCUACAAAUUCUUAAUGACAAGUGUGCCGCAGAGGAAGACGAAACAAAUUUGUGGCAUAUUGCUGCUGCGAUUGUCUAUUGUCGCGAUGAUCAAUUUGAAAAUGCAUUGAAAAUUCUUCAUGGAUCCGAUAAACUAGAAUCAAUGGCACUCUCGAUUCAAUGCCUUCUCGCCCUUAAUCGCAUUGAUUUGGCCAAGCAACUGCUAAGUAAAAUGCAAGAAAUAAGCGAUGAUGCCACGUUGACACAAUUAGCUCAGGCAUGGAUUGCCAUUUCAACUGGCACUGAACAAAUGCAAGACGCUUUUCACAUUUUUCAAGAAUUCUGUGAGAAAAAUCAACCAACACCAGUGUUGUUGAAUGGCCAAGCUAUAUGCCAUCUGGGACAAGAACAUUACGAGGAAGCUGAAUCGGAGUUACGGGAAACUCUAAGUAAAAAACACAAUGAUUACGAUGGGUUGGUUAAUAUGAUGGUUUUGUCACAUUUAAGUGGCAAAGGAAGCGAGGCUGUAGCUCGUUAUUUGGAACAACUUAAACAAUUUUAUCCAAGGAGCGAUUGUAUCAAUGAAUUGGCGAAAAAGUCAUCAGAGUUUGAUCGACUCUGUUUACAGUAUUCUCUUGAUUCUGAUAAGAAAGAUGUAAAUUAACAAUGUUUUCAGUGUUUUUUUUUUUUUGAGCAAUAAAUAAUUAAAUUUUAAACUUGAAAUAAAGCAAUGGUGCAUUGUACUCAGAGGGCAACAAAGA